CUGAUAGAGGGGAGAGUGCGAUGCAUUUGUGUGUGGGGAGUAAUAGGUUGGAGGGGUUGAGGGUUUUGGUGGAGAGUGUUGGGAAGGAUGAUGAGGUUUUGAAUUGGAAGGAUGGGAAUGGUAACACCAUUUUGCAUAUUGCUGUGGCCAAGAAGCAACUUGAGAUGAUUAAGUUUUUGCUGACCAGUACUGGAGUGGAUGUGAAUGUUUUGAAUGUGAAUGGCUCUACUGCAUUAGACAUUCUACUGCAGAGUCCUAGAGAUUUGAAGGAUAUGGAGAUUGAGGAUUGUCUUCGAGAGGCUGGAGCUCAGAGGGCGAAGGACAUGCGUUCGAUUGAGCAUGAAUGGGUUCCGAAAAAAGAACCUCAGGUGGCCAGGCGUGUAACCUCCUCAGUUUCAUCUUCGAAUGGUGAGAGGACAAUGACAAGACGUGCAACUUCUGUGGUAUCCAUGAGUGGUGAACGCCAGGUAACAAGGCGCCUAGGCUCAAAAGUAUCCUCAAAAGAGAGUGAUUCUAACAGACCGGAGGUGAAACCGGAGCCUACUGAGUGGCUUGGCAGGAAGAGAGAUUCAUUGAUGGUGGUGGCGUCGCUGCUUGCAACUGUGGCCUUCCAAGCUGCAAUAACACCACCUGGAGGUGUUUGGCAAGAUGACGCCCAAGCAGACGAAAAUAACCCUGGUCACACCGUAGGAACAUCUAUCAUGGCCACAAGCAACAGAAAAGAGUAUGGUAUAUUCAUGAUCUUUAACACAGUCGCUUUCCUCUCAUCCUUGAGCAUAAUUCUUCUUCUUGUUAGUGGACUGCCUAUAAAAAAGCGGAGGUGGAUGUGGAUACAGAUGAUCAUAAUGUGGAUUGCCAUCACUACACAAGUAGCAACUUACUUUCUCUCGCUCCGUCACAUGUCCCCUAAGAAUGUGGAACACGUCUUGCGUCAGGUCUCAUCGAUAUCUGUUUUGACAUGGUUGUGUUUAGUGUUGGUUGUUUUCUUUGGGAAUGUCAUUCGUUUGAAUUUAUGGGUUCUCAGAAAGUAUGGUUAUAUCAAGCCAAAAGAGGGAGACCAAUUAGCUACAAUUGAUGAAGAAGAAGAGGUGUAAGCUGAAGAUUACAGUGAGCAAUUGUAGUCUUUGGUGUCUCAGGUUUUUGGUCAUAGUUGUUUUUGACACUGGAUUCAUUGAUGUUUUAUACCUCCUGGAAUUGCAUCUGCUCAUGUAUCCGUGUUGAGGUGUUUUAGAAACUUUGCAGCAGGGUCUUGUCAAGUAUGAGAUUAAACGUUUGAAGAUCUUGUUUUUAGCAGCAAAG